AUGUUGGAUUCCAUAGAUAUCAAUUUUCAGGACAAACCAUCGGCAUCAACUGCCACACGCUGGUUUGACGCUAUUAGCCCCAACUUCUUUUCGGCAGCCAAUUUGGUUGGAGGCGACCCAUUUUCCUUUGUGUCGUCUCGGCGUAACGACACCAUAGAGCUCACCCCAUCAACAAUUCGCUACAAUGAGGACAGUGGCGCGUCACCGCGGGAUAUUUUAAGCGAAACCCGUUCGCCAGUUGAGCCGGUGCGCGGAAGCUCCCAUGUGGAGGUGAGUGAAGCUGACCAAGGUGGACCCACCUCGCAUGGCGAAACACCGCUGGAUAACACGACUCCCAGUGCUGAUAAUUACCAACGCUCUCGACAUGGUGAUCUCUACGAGGAUGCCAUGCGGGCCCAAAUUGCAAAACGGCAGUGGGCAGCGGUGGAGCAAAUGCGGCAGAUGAUGCUGGAAAAUGCAAAGGUUGAGCGGGACUGUCCAUUUAAGCCCCAACUCUCAUCAUAUGCGGCAAAGAUUCAAAGACCCGCUGAGCUGGCACCGCAUAAUCGGGUUUACAAUGAACUCAUGCGAAGGGAGGAAUGGCGAACAAAGAAACGACAGGAGCACAUAAGACGGGAACUUGAGGGAUGUACGUUUCGCCCAUUAACUCUUCGAGCGGCCAUGUUAAAGUCCUCUGCCCAUACGCACGACUCCCAUGUCUUCAGUAAGCUUUACCAUCACCAUGAGGAGCAAAAUCACUUUGUACGGGAGGUGCGGCCGUACGUUGUGGAGCAAUUGGAGCGUCAUAUGCUUUUUAAGAGUCCGGCUAACAAACCUCUACCGGAGGAUAAAAUUAACUCUGUUGUAGAGCGACUGUUUUCUCAUGGUGUUGUGGUACAGCCGGAUGAAGUCAAGAGGAGGCGAUCGCAGAGCACAUCACCCCCUUUUAAACCAAGAGUGAGUGUGAACUCGGAAAGAAUUGUCGCGAAGCAACGCCAGGGUGGACAGGUUGUAGAAGACGUGGUGGAGCGGCUUCUUAAGCCACCAGUGUAUUCUAACCAAACUGGAAAUCUGCGUCGGCAACUUGAGGCAACACAGGAGAAUGAGGAGUUGAAGCUGAUGCGGUCGGAGUACGUCCGAGGACUGCAGGAGUUGUUACAACGUGAGCGUCGGCGAUCGUUUAUCGAGGCGAAAUUUAAUGUGCUUUCGAGUGCCAUAAAUAAGGAACGCCAGAGCCGUGAGGGCUCACAACGGACUCUCACCGAACACCGUGCAGAGGAACUUGUGAGGGCGGCUGUGAUUAUUUUGUCACCCGAUGAGGCGGAAGAGUUGCGCAACAUUAUAUUAUCCAGCGGCGCAAGCAAACUGAACAAAGAGGGAUUUAUUGCUCUCUGUGAGAAGGCCGUGGAGGGGCUCUCCAAUCCACAUGCAAGUCCGCUGGGUCGAGUGCCUCCCCCACGGAUUCACGCGAUGGAGGCCAAUCUCACGGAUGAUGACAACGGCAGCUAUGCAGGGGCACGAAAGAAGUUUCAACGUGGAGCUCUUUCACCGGAGGAACUUGAAGAAGUGAGGGCCCGACGAUUGGAACGGAAGCGGCAAAUGGCGGAGGAGGAGAAUCAGAAACGUCAGGCAAUGAUAGAGGAAGAAAUGCGUCAAUGUACAUUCCGUCCGCCUCCACCUAGGAAGGUGCCACGAGAGUGUCAUGUGAACCACAAAGUGGAUGUGAAAACAACUAGGGCAGACGAACUCCGUCGAGCUCACAUUCAAAAAACCCUCGAAGGGGAAGAACAUGCUGGAGGAGCCGCCGCCGCCUUUCCGACUGCUUCUGCACGAGAACUCUUUGGUGAAGGCGGAACCCACCCAAGGCUGCAUCGGUCACAAAGUGCAGGCACUCGCUCUCCCCGAGCGCUGUCCACUCUUCAUACAAAACCAGCAUUUGUGGCGCCGGCAGAGGCAUCAUUCGAAGAAGGGACGUUCUCGCCGAAGCGUAAUAGAUUUGAAAAACUACGUCGAAGCCACACCGCCCAUAGCGAUGCUUUUUUGAGGAAAAAAGAUUUUGCUGGCGUACCUCUCAAAGAUCGUUCAUCUCGCAGGUCCGCAGCAGUCUCAUCCGAUCGCAGCUCCGAAGACGCCGCUGCUGCCGACAUCACAUCGCGGGGGAUGAAGAAAUGCGAGUCCGUUGCAGAGGCGACCACCGCAUCUCCACGUUUGUAUCGCGAUGUCAUUUCUGAGCACGCGGCUUUUGGCAGCGACGGAGCCCUCACCGAGUUUGGUCGAGAACUUAUUCUAAGGCAACUCCGAGAGUAUAGAAAUAAGCGAUAG